AUGGACGAAUGGGAUCUGUUUGGAACAACACCGUGUGAUUGGGAGUUUGGUGAUGGUGCAGAAUUUGCCAGCAACUUUCAGGAUGAACAAUACCCAUCACAAACUAGUGCACUGUUUGACGAAUUCGGAAUCGAUAGUCGAAGUUGUUCGGACGCAUUGGAUCGCAUCGGUUGGCAGCUUUACUUUCCGAACAAAGAUGUACAAACCUGCCGAACAACAAACAAACACAUUCGCUGUUUGGUGAAACACUACCACGAUUAUCGGUGUGAAUAUUCACUAUUAGAAGCGGAAAGCUCCGGCAGCUUUGAAUUCAAGCUGAAUCUUGCCCGCACUGAUAUUUGCCUUAAAGAUGCAUGGCCAACUUUGCAAGCUGAUAUUGAAGCAUUCCCUGAGUACACUAUAGCCUGUAUGGGACUUGGCAUGUAUCGCACCGUUGCAGCAACCCAUCAAGCUGAUCCCUUUUCUCCCGAAACACUCGAAAUACCGAAGAUCACUGCACGCUUGCACCUAUUUGGACCCGAACAACCGAUCAGUACAAUUGAUGCUAGCUACACAGACAAAUUGGUAACGAUUGGUGGGACGAUCGUACAUGAUAGCGAACCGAUUGUUACCAGCACCUUGAGGGCGUACAAAUGCAGAUACUGCCACGAUACGAUCGUUUUAGAGCGGCACCAUAACCGUCACACUACGCGCCAGUGGAUCUGUGAGCAAUGCAAUGCUGGCGGAGGAAUUGAGUAUUGUAGUGCGUCCGUGUUGAAUCGGGAUGAAGCACAUCAACUCAUUAUGGUUCAAGAUGCUAGAGUAUCUAAAACCCGUUGCCAAACCAUUGAAGUGAAGGUGCCUUGCGCUCUGGUAGAUGGUUUGCAAGCAGGAGAUAAUGUUACCAUAACUGGUGUGUUGAAAAUCGAUUCGAGCAAGUUCGUUGCAGCAAUCUGCAUAAGAAAGGAUCUCGACAAUGGUACGAUUGAAAGGAAUGUAAAUUCCACGGACGUAGAAGUGAUCAAUGCAAUUCGAUCUGAGGCGUGCCUAUUUAAGCUGCUGGUACAAUCUCUCUGCCCAGCAGUUGCUGGAUUGGAAACGGUUAAAGCUGGUUCACUGCUUGCUUUAUUCAAUACUACAGGCGAUGUGCACGUCCUGCUGGCUGACAUAGAUAGCGGUAAAUCGCAAAAGCUACUGGACAGCUGUAUGGCAGCAUCGCCGAAAGGAUUUGUGGAAAACGAUCCAUACCGAGAUGAGGUUCGUGUGCAAUAUUUGAUGGCAAAAUCACCAGCACUACCCGGGCAGGGAGUUUGUUGUAUCGAACGAAUCGAUAAAAUGGAUAAGCUAGAAAUGUUGGAAAAGAUGCUGACCGACACACCACCUCAGACUACCUUGCUGGUAACUGUAAUGCCCAACAGGGGCGUACUUGAUACCAGGAAACCGUUCCUCGAUAAUUUCAUUCUACCAAGGAAUUUGAUGGAAAAGUUUGCGUUGGUAUUUCUAAUGGAAGAUGUAAUCAUUCCGCCAGAGGAACUCGUUUGCUCCGACGGCGUUCGGUUGCAUCCCGAAACCCCUUCCGCAAGUAAAUGUAGCGUUGAAAUACCUUUAGUACGACAGCUUAGGCUAAAGCCUGGCGAACAUUGCGAUCGUUUGCCGAUUGAGCUGUUGCAGAAGUACAUAGGUGGGCUAAUUUGAAUUUGGUUUUGUGCAUGUACAUCAAAUUGUAAUGUAUGUUUCUCCCUUUUUGUAGAUUAUGCACGUUCGCACUGUAAUCCCGAGUUUACUGAGGAGUCAAUGGCAUUGCUGGAGCGCUUCUUCUCAGAAUUGUAUUCCAUGCCCCACUGGCUAAACAUAACGAAUGGGGUGAAAAUGGCUCAAAUCAAGAGCAUGGCUCUCGCCAGGGCACGGAUCGAUCUUUCACCGGCUAUUACAACAGAGCAUGUGAUGGACACCGUCAGGAUUGUAAGUCGCAGCUGGUACGAUAGGUACGAUACGGACGAUCGUGCCCCGACGGUGCAAUUGCCCGCUAAAAAGGGAGGAGUGAAGGCAGCCAGUAUUCGCCAGUUUUUGGAAGUGUUAAGAGCUCGAUCGGUGGAGCACAAAACAAAAUCAUUUAGCCUGAAAGAGCUUCGCGCAUUGAUUGAAGAAGAGGGAAUGCCGGGCUUUGAAGAUGAAAUUAUCGAAAAGCUUAACAUUCAGGGUUAUUUGUUGAAGAAAAGUGCAGGAUGCUACCGAUUGCUCGUUUGAAAAUGGUUGAUUCGACUGUUCUAGUUUUAUAGUCGUUUAGGUUACACUUACAUGACAAUCUCACAAAACAAUAACCCGAAUAAAGAACUUUUUUUGUUAUGAAUUUUAAA